CACCCCUCGCGGUCACCGCAGUCACAAAUAAUCACGACGGACGACGCGUACGGUCACAAAUCAUAACGCAGCCGGCGGCGCGCUUACGAUGGAUAACAGCGGCCAGCGACCGAAUAUAUACUCGAAUGCGAUGGAUCUCGUCUCCGCCCUCGACCAGUCAGGCAUCCUCUCCUCCCCCAUCGGCUCCCCCAGCCGCGAUCCCCAGGUCGCCCGCGAGGGCGAGACCGAGCCCCAGCGCAGGAAGCGCAUGGGCAUCGUAAACUUCAGUGCCGCGCCCCAGCGCCAGGUCGCCAGCAUAAAUGCAGUCAACCCCGCCAUCCCGCGCCACCGGCCCGACGACAGCCAGCUCACGCCCGAGGAGGAGCAGCGACGAGAAAGGGUCCGUGCCAACGCCCGCGAGCGCCAGCGCAAACACCGCAUGCUCGUCAAGCAGCGCAAGAUGCGCGAGCUUGGCUUAGACAUGGGCAAUGAGGUGCUCGAAGACCCUUUCGCCAACGGCACCUAUCCCCCACCUCCCCCUCCUGGCCCGAUGCCGCCCCCUCACAUGCACCCCGGCCCCAUGGGCAUGCCCCCACCACCUGGCAUGAACCCCCCUCAGGAUGGCCAGCCCGGUCAAUUCCCGCCUCCGCCACCCCCUGGCACGAUCCAGGUCAAUGGCGGCCAGACCUUCGCCUCAACCCUCCUCCUUUCUUUCUCCUGCGCACCGCUCCUCAAGCAGCACCUUCUCCGCACCCUAUACAUGACGAACGAAGAGCUCACGUCUUUGGAACCCCUGAUCGCGGACGCGUGGGAGCAGUGGAAUCGCCAGCGUCGGCAACACUAUGAGGCCGUCCACGGGCAGCCCAUGCCAGGUCCGCCAGCUACCUUCAGCGUCGAGAUGACGCCCGAUACGCAGUCGGCGCUUGCGAAUGCCAUCGCGGCGGCAGCGGCAGCAGGUCCUCCUCCGUCUGGCCCUCCGGCCGAUCCUGCAUCAUCAUCCAACGAGUUCCGCGACCGUUUCCAUAGGUCACUCACCGUCCCGGCACCCUUCCGCUCCUUUAACGAGCAGGAUGGUCAAGGCGUGCCGCCUCCGGGCUCCAUGACCCAGACUAUGGAUCCGAAUGGACCACCUCCCCAGCAGCACCAUGAGCAACAACACGAGGACACCAAACCUCAGUAAUUGCGAUACUUUUCGUUCACCGAGCUACCCUUUGUCCGUGUAUAGUUCCCUCCGCAUUGGACUUUGUACACACCGUGCCGGCGACGCGCUUGCCAGUACCCUGUAAAGGUCAUUAUCUAUUGGUUUCCGGUCUCCAUGCUUUGUCCGACAUACGAUUCAGGCCCUCAUCCUCACCUCGUCUUCCUCACAUGCCUCGACCUGCGCUAUGCUCUAAAUGUACACUUUGAUUCUACAGACGACAUACGCGACAGCACUCUACAUUAGUUUAGGUAAAUAAGAAAUAGGAUGACACGUCUGCUCC